GCAUCGGGAGACUGCAUCAGCUGUGUUUACAUAUUGCUGCUGCACGUGCUGUAGGGGCUUUAACUCCCUAUAAUUCCCUUUACUCGCGGCCCACCACCUUGGUACAUAUACUGUAGGCUCUGCAAGGUGAGCUGAUGACCCUCUGCCAGUAAAAUUUGCUUGGUGUCCUCGGUAACACCGUAAAAAUAUCACAUCAGCAUCCUUCGUCACAGCACAAUUUUUUGGAGAGAUGAACACUGCCCAUAUGAGCCUGGUCCCAGAAGACACAGCACAAUGGAAGGGGAACUCUUGGCUCUAAGGUGGAAUAAUCACUUGUCAACUUUUGCUUCGCUUCUCUCAGACCUCCGCAAUGAAGAAACCUACUCAGAUGUCACCAUUGCGUGUGGCGGGAGGCUGUACCCGGCCCACAAGUUUGUGCUCUCUGCUUGCAGUGAAUACCUCAGGGUCAUGCUGUGUGCCCACCCCAACAAGCACCCCAUUCUCUAUCUGAAGGAUGUGCCGAAGGAAGACCUUGAGGCCAUUCUGGACUACAUGUAUGCAGGGACAGUGAAAGUGGCACACUCCAACCUCGCAUCACUGCUACACACUGCCGAGGGCCUCCAGGUCAAGGGCUUGAUCAUCCCCGAGCACUUCCGUGGGACUCCCUCCAGUAAACCCCUCCAUCCAGGAAUCAAAAGGAAGAGCACUGAGGAAGAGAGCCAGUCCAGCACCUCGGCUAACUCCCCUCAGAAGCAGGCCAAGAGAGGUGCCCCGGACUCCCCCUCUGAGCCCUCCCACCCUGAGGAACCAACAGAAAGUGAAAGGUUGUCCCAGGAAGAGAGUCAAGAGGACGAGCAGUGUGGCCAAGAGUGUCAGCCCAACAGCCUUCCUCUUGGUGGCUGGGGCUACCGGGGUCUUGGCUACCCGGCUUGGUACCAGGGGCAUAAUGGACAGGACCAGCUCCUUGGCAAUGUAUAUGGCGACCGUCCAAUCAAGGAAGAACCAGUGGAUGAUGAGGACAAGGAGGAAAAACAGGACUUCGGGGAGGACACUGAGACACAAGAAAACCUGAAGGACGUCGAGGAAGAGGAGGAGUUCGAGGGCUUUGAGGACAGUGCCGAGGGUUGUGCCAUGAAGCAGAAGGAGGAGGAGGAGGACGAGGAUGUUAAUGAGGAGAGCAGAGAGGGAGAGUCCACCCAAGAGAACCCAUCGACAAAGGACCCGAAUCUUGCAAGCUUCCUGGAGGUGAUGUGCACAGAGAACACCAACGACAACUCCAGUGACGUGAAAGAGCACCGGGAAGCCUUUCACUUUGACGACUCCUCCAUGAUGUCUAAUGGCCAGAGGGAAGGGUCCUCACGCAUCAACGCCCAGCAGUGCCCCUUCUGCCUCAAGCUCCUCACCACACGAUCCAACCUACAGCGCCACAUUGCCACCCACCACACUCGUCAGUCCUUCACCUGCCCCACCUGUGAAAAGACCUUCACUCGUAAGGACCGGCUGACAGAACACGUGAAACUGCACACAGGUGAAGCUCCCUACACCUGUGACGAAUGUGGCAAGAACUUCUCCCGGCGUGACAACCUGAACGUACACAGACGAACGCACACAGGGGAGCGUCCAUACUCCUGUGACGUGUGUGGCAAGACCUUCUCUCGCAAGGAAUACAUUGGAGAACACAUGGCGGUGCACUCAGACUACAAACGUUUCUCCUGCCGGUGGUGCAGCAAGGAGUUCAAGCACAAGCAGAGCCUCCGCCACCACAUCAAGAGUGCCCAUGACUCUGCCAAGAUGAGUGACGAGGCCACACAGAGCGCCCCGCCCCUCCUCAUGCAACUCAAUUUCUCGGAUGAAAAUGUGUAGGUGGUGACAGUGUUGCAUCCCUGCCUGCCUGCCUACCUGGUUGGUUGGUUGGUUGUUCAUUGGAUGUGUUGCCAUAUCUUUGAUUAGGUGUUUAUUGUCAUCAGGAUUAGUCGGUCAAUCAAAAUGUGUUGUGAUAAUCCUCCUCUCUUUUUUUUUUUCUUUGUCUGGCCUUCGAAGAUGAUGAUAAUAAUGAUGAUGAUGAUGAUGUCCUCUAUAUUGUAAUCAAAACCAUUUUUUCCUUUAUGAAAUGAUUACAUAUUGUUGCUUUAAUGAAUAACUGUGUAUUGUAGUAAUUUGUUUAUUGUUUUGAGGUGGAAUAUAUAUAUAUAGAUAUAUACUAGAAGUGUACUAUUAUUUUCUUAUUGUAAUUCAAGAUACCGGUAAACAAAGUCACGAUUUUCAUCAGAUGUAUGACUCAAGACCUUCAUCUCUUGGUCAAACGUAUACCUUAGCCUGACAAUUCUUGAUGCCAUAUUUGUCACGUGUUGAAUUUGUGGGGUUCAUUGUUCCCAUUACAUGUAUAGAUAACAUGGGAAGGGAGAGGGAAGGGCUCAGUCAGGGGAAGGGUAAGCUGUAAGGGUGAAGACAUGUGAAGUGUUGCCAUCAUUGUCAUCCCAGUGUUCAGUGAAGGGCCGCAGAUCAAGUUGGUUUCUUGCUCUUGUAAUGUUACAGAUCACCACUAGAGUCCCAGUCUGCCUCCUUGAAUUUACUGUGUAUCACCUCGGCAGCUCGUUUUGAUUAGAGUACGAGAGGAAGGAAGGAUUUCUUAGAAUACUUGGUGGAAGACUUGAGUAGAGGGCCUCACCAUGUCGUUGUUGUUGUUGCUGUUGUCAGUCUUUAAUUGUUGUUUUUGUUAAUAAGCAUUAGCAGGGAGAGGCAUCCCAACCCUCCGUCCUCAUUCCUCAAAGUCGCCUCAGUGACGUGCAGGGAAUACGGAGACGCGUAUUGUGAGUCUGGUGUCUCAGACUGCAGUCACCACAGGCACAGCUGAUCCAGAGGCCACACCCUGCCUGCUCCUGUCUCUGAGUGGGCCAGCUGACUGAUGCUUCCAUGAUGGUCUUGUCAUUUUAUUGGUUUGCUUUGUUUGGGCCACCCCAUACAGGAUUGCCAAUCUAGUAUAUAGAUAAAAGGUAUUUUCAUUCAAUAUCAAUUAGCCUUGGCCUAAUUUUUAAAAGAUGUUUAUAGAGAAACAAUAGUAAUAUGAAAGUAUAGACUCUUCAGAAGAAAAUGGAAGCAAAUAACAUAGAUAUAUAAAUGGAGAUGAUGAUACAUGCCACUGCAGCCCUCAUCUGUGUUGAUGGCUGUGUAACUGUGUUCAUGCAAACAAGAUGUGUUAUUUGUUUACACAAUCUUUCUGGAGGUUUAGUACUUUGAUAUUAUUGUUAGUGAAAACCUUUGAAAAUUGUAUGACAAGACUGACUGAUAAUGUGAAAAUAUCUUGUGGAAAGGAUAGGAGAAGGCAGCAGCUUGGAAGAUGGAACAGUGGCGUAAAGGAGCACAGAUAUGAAGGUGAUGUUGAUAGAGGCUGUGACCAUCCCCUUGGGAGAUGCUGCUGGAGGGAGCAAGAUGUCAGAGAGAUAGAUUGAUAGAGACUGAUAAAAGAUUAAGGGAAGUGGCAGCAACAUUAUGAGUUCUCUAAUGAGCUGCUCCAGUAAGAGAGGGAGCAGGAGUGUGGCUUCAUGUUUAGCUUACACUGUGGCAACUGUAGUCACAGGUAAAAUUAAAAGACAAUAAGAAUAUCAAAAUGCAAUAAGGGGGAUGAAUGUGACUGUAUGGAGAAUGUGGAUAGAGUAAUAUUUUAGGGAAAGUUAAUUUUUUUUUCACUCGAGUUUUAAGUUAUAAUUUAAAAAGCAAGGAAAGAGAAUGUUCAAAUUUAGAGAGAUGGAAGCUCAUCUGAGAGAGCAGGGAUUGAUACUGGGAAGGUUUCUAUGAAUGUAUCUUCUUUAUAAUUGUGAAUUAUUUCCAAAUUUAUGUGCAUUCUGCUUAUUUAAUGUGCCAAUCCACUUGUUUAAGGGAAAGCUGCCUGUGUGGAGAAAGUUAGUGUUGUUAUUGUUACUGGGCAAGACUGUGAUGCCGACGUGCUUGCACAGUGUUACAGUCAUUGCAUGGUGCUACUGCCUCUGUGUUUCAAUGCACAGCUUGUAUUCAUUAUUCAGUGUCAAUGUAAAAUUUUAACAUUAUCUUGCACAGAAACCAAUUUUGUCUAUGUGAUUUUUAUUCUGAGAAUCAGCAGUUUGUCAUUCCUCAGGGGAUGAAACUUAAAUAGUUUUAGAAUAUGAUAAAAUACUUAUUUCUGUUGAAGUAUGGGACACUUAUUCAAUUGAAAUUAGGUGGUUUUACUUGAUAAUUAAAACAGGGAUGAUGAUGAUGGUAGUGAUGGUGGUGAUGGUGGUGAUAAUGGUGGUGAUAAUGAGAGUGAUAAUAGCAGUGUUUAGGAUGAUGAUUAUGACAGUGAUAAUAAUGAUGAUGAUAACAAUAAUGAUGACUAUUCUGUGUCAUAAGUUUGCAAAAUAUUCUUGGUCAUACAUAAUCACUAUCCAUGAAAAGACUGUGUCCAUGAAUUCUGUAUGUCCUUCCAUAGACCAGAACUGUAUAUAUGUAUCCAUAUCUUAUAUGAUAAUUUUGACCAGCACACUUCAGGAAGGGAGAGCAGUGAGUCCUGUCUUGAUGAAGGACUAAACACUCCUCUGCUGAGACCAUUUGUCUGAUACAUUUUUGUAAAGUGCACCAAGAACUGUUUUGUACAUUUUCUGCUGUGCACCAAGAAAUGUUUUGUGUGGAGAUGGAAAUACUCUUGUCAGUUUGUGCUGUGUUGUCCUGUUUUAGAGACUGGAGAGAGAGAGAGAGAGAGAGAGAGAGAGAGAGAGAGAGAGAGAGAGAGAGAGAGAGAGAGAGAGAGAGAGAGAGAGAGAGAGAAUGUUAUGCAUGUGUAUGUAGGGUGUACUGGCUAACAUGUUCCUCUCACAUUCAAGAGGUCUCAAUUUCAGGUCCUGGGUUGGGUGUAGACAGAAUGUGUUUGUCUUCUUUCAUGCUUUACCUGCUGCACACUGAGCAAUGGACAGGUGUGGGAUGUAAGGUGCUACUUGUGACCUUGCUUCAUUAUAGGAAGACUAGCAGUCAUACCCUACUGUGUGUGUGUGUGUGUGUGUGUGUGUGUGUGUGUGUUGCUCCAGGAGGUGUUAAACAGGCAAGGUAUAUAUAUAAACAUUUAUGCAUCUAUCUAUACUUGUAUCCUUAUCUGUAUUUCCGUCACUAUCCUCUCUCUCUCUCUCUCUCUCUCUCUCUCUCUCUCUCUCUCUCUCUCUCUCUCUCUCUCUCUCUCUCUCUCUGUCUCUGUCUCUGCGUGUCUCUCUGCACAGUCUCUAGUCCUGUUUGGUUUCAUGCACAUCCCUUGCCUUCUGUUGUCUCAGGGCUGAUGAGGGUUUUUCUAACAAGGUUUUUGCUCAAGGUGUCCAUCAUAACAUAAGUGUACAAUGAUGAGAUGCUUGUGUAAUUAUUAGUUUGCUGUAGAGGAGAUGAGGCCACCAUUGGAGCCAGUUAGGGAAAAAAGUAUAUUUACUGUUAAUUUUUAUUAAUCUUUAACCCUUUUUUUAAGUAUAUGAUGUAUAGGGAUUUUAUUGCUCCAAAAAUUAUUAUUGCUUGAUGUAUUUUUAGAUGGAAGGUAAUUAAUGCAUAUCAAAUUACCAUGUGAUGCUUUGUUAAACAGCUUUAUGUGUUAUGCAUAUAUAAUAUAUACAUAUAUAUUUAUAUAUAUAUGGAGAUCUUUCUUGUUGCUGAUUUCAUAGUUUGAAUUGUUACUUUUAAAUAAUUCUUUUUUUGCAAUAUGAAUAAUUAUGUAAUAAUAAUAAUAAUAAUAAUCAUAAUCAACAGUGGUUCUGCCACGGUAAAGACACUGAUAAAAGGCAAUAUUAGCAUAAUAUAGGACUGUCUGGCUUGUGAAAUAAACAACUAAGUGAAUUUAUUUUUGCACAAGUAACAGAUUCAACUCAAAAGAGAAAAAAAAAAGCAUCAAUUGUAGUUGUUUAUUUCAUGAUGCAUUAGUAAGUAGUCACUUUGUAUGUCGAUGCCGGUCGUCUGAGGCCCAGCAGCUCACAGACCACGUGGGGAGCGCCACAGCACGAGGGCGUCUGUGCUGCCGCCCUCGCUGUCACUAAUUGUUUGUUACACCUGUCUCAUUGCUGUCGUGAAAGCGUUGUCCAAUUGUCCAGGUGUUGCUUCACUUUUGUCUACGAUAUUAAUCAUGUCACUGUUUUGUGUACUUUUUUAUAAUGUUCCGUUGCUGCCAUGUGCAACGCCAGUGUUUAUUUCUGAUGGUCCUUGCGUUCCCCCCAUUGAUUGAGUGUUUGCGGCGCGCUCGCUCACCUCAUCGUAGUUUUUAGAGGAACAACUCAGUCAGGAAAAUAUACAAAAACAUUGCUGGUUUCUUUUUUUUUUUUUUUCAAUGUUGUGCAUUUUGCUUCCUUGCAGGAAUCUGUCAGGAGUUGCUGUUAAUUUGGUUCUGUACAUGUGACAUUUUUUCUUUUUCAUUUUUUACUUGCUGUUCUAAAAGUGUGUGUGCUUUUCAGCUGUCUGGUUCAUAGCAUAAUUGUUCUGCAAGUAACAUGGCAUUUAGAUUGCUGUAUAGAAUUGCUCAAGGACUAUAACAUAUGGAAAUAAGAAAAGGGAGCAUUGUAUACCUGCUGUGCACUACUAGCAAUACAAAUACUUGAAUGCAGUGUGUGUAUAUGUGAUUUUCGCCGUUGUUACAAGGGAUGGAAAUGGCAAAGAAAGGUGCAUGGAAAGAAAGUCCAUUGCAACACUUAGAAAAUCAUUAGGAAAUAGAUACAUAUAGAUUUUUGAAGCAACAUAGAGUAAGUCAGAGUAAGUGACAUCUGGCUUUUCUUUUUUUAAUGUGCUUGUGAUGAUGAUGAUGAUUCUGUGAUUUACGGUGAUUAAAAAGAAAGGAAAACAUCCCAAGGCGAGUCACAAAAAAGCUGAGAUCUGAAGUGAGAACAUUCUUGUCGUCUUUUUUUAUAUUUGUGACAAUCCGUCUCUCCCUCCGUCCGAAUGCUUGUUUGAUCUUUUUUGACGAGAAGUAAAAAAAGAUGAAAACGCUAACCUAACCUAGACCAAAUUCUCUCCUUUCUGAAUUUUUUUAAUAUAUAUUUUUUCUGCCCUUCUAGUAACACAUCCUGUCACGUAGAAAACACCCAGUCUUGGCCCGUAAAAAAAAGUAAUUAUAGAAAACAGCACUGCCACUAUAUCAAGUACGUGCAGAUUAUUCAGAGGGUGGACACCGUUGCACUCACUGCCUGCAACUUUUAGCCCCUGCCAGCCCCCUCUCAAAACUCACACAAGGGUAUUCUCACUACUUUUUAGCAAUAUCUUCAUUAGUAAUAACUUCCUGUCCUCUUGUUUUCAUUAUACUGUUACUAAGUUGGUUUCAUUGUUGAAUAAAUGGUUUGAUGGUU